CUUGACUUGGGAAUGCUCACGAGCUGUUAAUCUAUUAGCGUCCGAUAUCAUUCUGAUAUAUGACGUUGUGUAUCAUUUACGACGUUCAACCGGAUUCAAGACAUUUCUCUCACUUGAAAGAGACGAAAGGACAGAACACUUCCCGGAGUUAGUAUAUAUACCAAUGCCAACCUCAAGCCAAGCGUUGAUCCUGCUGACCACUGAUGGCCGGACACCGCCACAAGAGGUCACUCACAGGACCUUUCCGUUGUGCUCCGUCCCCUAUCCCCUGACGAGUCACGAUAUUAACGCUAAGUGUGUCCCACUUGACGACCAAAGUGACGAUGUAGUGGGAGACAUGUAUGUUUCUAGACAAACUCGCAUCAAGCUCGGUGACGUACUUAGCAGUCUGCCCGAAUUGCUGACCAUAAAGGGCUACCAGGGCGCGCUAGCUUACGAUGCCCAUUCGAAGGUCAUGAAGUGGAAAAUCGACACCGAAGUUCCUAAUAGUCGGAUGGAAGCAUUUAUUACCUAUCGUGGGGACCCAGCUUUUAAACCCGACUACUUCCAGGACGAGAAAAUCAGACUUCCGUCUAUAUACGACAAUGAGGACGAAUCAGAUGGUGCCGCCAGACCUGACGGAACACAGACAUGUCGCUACACAAGGAACGUAUGGCGACCUCCCAGUGAACAGAUUGAAAAAAUGCCAGUGUCUUUUCCAUCCUUGAUGAAAACCGCGAUCGACGAAGAGACUUACGAACGACUGUGUAAUCUCGGUUUUCGACCAGGGGGUAAUGGGAAGCUAAAGAAUACGGUAAACAAUGACGUAAAACCGAACGGAAAACGCUCACCUGUACAAGCAUGGGUCAGUCCUGAUGAUUACCAAGAAAAAGAUUUCCGUUUGGAGGAUUUGAAUAUUCGUCCGAAUGGCAGAAAUGGAAAUGCAUAUCAUGUGAAAUUGUCUCAGCUGAGGAGAGACGGGGGAACACUUCCGUUUCCAAGUGCAAUGCAGCCAGUGAAGCUCCCCGGAAAUACGCGAUCAGUUACUUUUUCUGACCAUGCGCAUGACGGAACCACCACCGGAAACACAGUAUAUAUCCCAAGCCAGGAAGCAUCCGAAGAGUAUGUUCCAAGUUCGGAAGUCUCCGUAACAUAUAAUGGACAUGGUUCAAGUUCUAUGAAGGAUUAUAUGUCGGAAAGAAACAAGUUUUUCUCAAAAUAUGGAAAAUACACAAAUAAUGUUGUCGCUGAAGAAUCGGAUGACGUCAUUAUGGAGUCGUUAAAUGACCACAGACUUCCGCCAAUUGGAGUAGGAUACCCAAAGGAGAAGUUAUCGACGUCAGAUAGUUCAACAAUCACACCGGAACCGGAAGUGCAGCCCUUCAAAUCCAAGAAACUCUCGCUGAUCGACAAUGUCAAAUCAAUGGCUAACUAUAACAAGUGGAAAAAACAGAAAUUGACGCGUCUUCGUCUUAGAAAAGAUUUACCGGUGUCACAACCGCUUUCUGUCUGCUUCAGUUUCCGAGACAACGCAAGGAGUCAUUCACAAGUGAAGGAUAUGGUUGAAAAACAGAUCGGAAGUCCUAUAAAGAGGCUUCAGUUUGAUCCCAUAUCUGUGCAUGCGAUAGAUAAUCACGCGAAAAGUCGCUGGGUCGUAACCUUGGCUGACAAAGAAAAAUGUGACUACUUGUUGACAAAUGGCCUAUUUGUUGAUGGGGAGGUAACUGAGGUCCGAAAUCUGGAUGAAUUGAUGAAGGAGGAAGUUGAAGCUUAUAAACUAUACGAAAUGGUUCAAAGAGGACAGAUUGCAAUGCCAAGCGUCAAUACUCGACGUGCGAAGGUCAGGCAUUGCACGCGAAGCACAUGACCUCAAAAUAUCACACCGAGGUCAUCUUAAAUCAAGGACGUCGUAUCUCUCCAAUUUAAUUGCAUAUAAGACGUUUUAGAACAUGGUGAGUUGGCUCCAACUUAUAUUUCAUUUUAAGCCGCUCGAUAUGUUGACGCUAGCGCUUGAUACUCAUGUUUAGGCCAACAAACAAGAAAUUGAACUGAAUUAUGUUCACAGAUCAUUACUUGAAACUAGACCAUUACAUUAUGGCUGUUAAACGGCAUUUUAGUGUAGUUAUUCGAUCACUAUGAUGUGGUAGUGAACAGAAAACGUUAUAUGUAGCUUUGAACAUAAAAAUACCGUUGCUCCCUGUAAAUGCUAUCCACUCCAUGCUAUAUGCAUCGACAUUUCCAAUACCGUAGUAAGUCACUUGAGCGAAUAUUUAUGUUUGCAGGUAUCGUACAAAUGAAUUCCAUGUCUUUACACUUGUAUCAAAAUAAACAAAAUUUGUUGUAAAUAAUAUGUAUUUUCCUAAUUACUAAUGAGGGAAAAUGUGGUGUAGGUAUAUGACAGACAGUUGUGAUAAUGAUCAUUUUGAUUUUAUUAGUAAUGUGCAGUAACGAGGGGAAGUAACUCCGACUGUCAAGGUUUCGUGUUACAGUAAUCAAAGCAUUCUAGAUUACCCACUAGCGGAUCCAUUACCACUAAAUUACUGAAGUUGUUAAACAUCCGUUGGAUACAGAGGGAGUUUGGAAAGACAUGUCGCGAAAACAUGGUUUGUGUUUUCUUGGUUAAUAAGAUAUAUAUUCUAUUUUUUCAUAAUUCUCCGAUUUCAGUCAUUGCCGGUAA